UCAGCAGGGUGUUUAGUACACUAUGCAGGGCCUUCUAGUGGAAGAAAUGCAUCUCUGCGUGUGGCCCCGUUUCAUUUCAUUAACCCGUGCCUGACCACAAGCGCUGGAACUCCGUUCAGGGUUGGAACGAAGGUGCAAGUCACCCAAUGUGAAGAGCUGCAACCGUUUAGAUGCUCAAAACAUGCAAAUCGUAUCGGAGUGUGCAUUUCACGAGAACAGGGUUUUUGAAAGUGCUCUUGCAUAAAGAGUCUGUGGAGAAAGAGCUGCACCAGGUCACUGGGGCUGGCUGUAAGAAAUGCAGCUGAAGUGAAUGCAUUCACAGCGAUUUUGUGUUUAAGAGAGAGAGGUGGUGGACUGGGAAAAUACUUUAAGUGAUGGACACUUUUGAAGGAAUCCAUCGUGUGCAGCUCUCCUCCUCUCCUCCAGCACGCUCCAGGUCUGUUCCAGGGUACGAGGUGCUGGUGGCAGGGAAUUCUGGGAUAGCAGUAUACUCAUCACCUGCAUUCUUUGGCAAAGGUGAUCUUACGGAUCAGCAUACAGCAGAGAAAGAGAGAUGCCCGGUCGGGAGGUUGGUAGACCUGGAGCCAGAUCCGAGGCCCGCAUUGGGAGGUGAUGGGAGGCAGAGGGAGAAGAUGCCCCCGGAGGAGGAGGAGGAGGCAGGAGCACAUAGACAAGAGACGUACAACAUGUCCCGUCUGCGCAGCUCCUCUCUGGAGAUCAAGGAGAAGGGAACAGAAUUCCUCAGUGAGCAGCUGGAUGCUGCACAAAAGGAGCUGAAGUUGAAAGACGAGGAGUGUGUCAGACUGUCUCAUGUCAGGAAUCAGCUGGAGCAGGAACUGGAGGAACUGACUGCCAGUCUCUUUGAGGAGGCCCAUAAGAUGGUGCGAGAGGCCAACGUGAAACAAGCGGCAGCUGAGAAGCAGCUGAAGGAGGCCCAGGGCAAGAUUGAUGUCCUGCAGGCGGAGGUCUCCGCUCUGAAAACCCUGGUGCUGACCUCGACGCCCUCCUCCCCGAACCGCCAGCUCCAUCCUCAGCUGCUGUCGCCGGGCCCCAGUCGGGCCUCGUCUCGUCUCAGGGGCCACACGCGCAACAAGAGCGCCAGCGGUGCUCUACAGCUGCAAACAGAGCCCACGCCGACGGAUGUAGCGACAAACCGGGAGGACAAAGAGCUGGACUCGGUGUUGUUUGCAGAGUUCCUCUCGUGGAAGGAGACACCCAGUCUGGACCGUUCUUUAGCGUUCAUCAGCAGGGUGUACAGAGAAGAUAUCGGGCCCUGUCUUUCAUUCACCUGCUCUGAGUUGUCUCAGUCUGUCCAGUGCGCAGUGGAGAAUAACUCUCUCACCAUCGAGCCCGUCUCCAUGUCGUCUCUGCACACGGUCAAAGCCAUCGAAUGUGGAGGCCCCAACGGUUGCCGGACACCCAUAGAAACUAAAUGUGCAUUGAGCGGCAUGUCCCGCCCCUGCCGACAUCGCAUCAAACUGGGAGAUAAAGAGAAUUACUACUAUAUAUCUCCAUCUAGCAGAGCACGAGUACGUGUCUAUACUGUAUCUCUCCCUCUCAUUCUUCAGAACCCGCUUUUAAGAAGCAUUCAGCAGAUGUUUUGGGAAGUGAUGCGUCUGCGGAGAGAGAUGAGUGUGGCCAAACUGGGAUAUUUCCCGACGGAGGAGAGCUAGAGAACCAGCUUACAAACACAAAUACAGCACGGUCAUCUAAACUUUCACUCAAACACUCCCAUGCUGGAGUUUUAUAGCUCCAUAUUCAUGUAUGUAUUCAGGGAAGCACUAGAGAGGAAUUCCCAGAACACUAGCACUCCCCGAGCUAACGGAUAACAGCCGUACAGUUUGACUCUCCACAGGCUUUGUGCUGUUUUUGCUUUGGGAAAGACUGAGUGUAGUAAAUGUGCCACUUUGUUAACACUGAGGUAAAUGUUUACAAGACAUUCAUAUUUCAAGAAGUCAACAACAGGACGUUUUUUCCAUUUACCGGUAAAAAAAUCUCCAACACGUGGAGGCUUAUUUAGACUUUUUUAAAAGUUUUUUUCUCAUCAUUGCGAGCUUACAUCUCACGGUUCACUUUUUUUCUCUCUCAGAAUUCUGAUAUUUUUU